AAAGGGCAAGGAAAAGGAAGCAGGAGAAGGCAGGGGAAGAGGGAUGGGAAAGGGCAAGAAACAGAGUCCUGCUCAAAGGCAAACCUCGUCGUUUACGUCAUCUAGAGACCCGCACGACGAACCAGCUUUGGCGGCCAAUUCUCUCAUGGCUUCAAGUGGAUCGACUUCCGGGCCUCACCAAACCUCCAACGCCAUCGACAUCGACUUUCUGAUCAAGAAACGUUUUGAAUUCUUGCGACAGUACGAUACCUCUCAGCGCAAACAGCUCGGCCUUCCGCGAUCGAGGCAUAACGCUCUCUCACGUUUGUACGCAAAGGAUCACAAUCUUUCGCGGAACUGGGAACCCUUGCAGCCAAGAACGCAAGAUGAGUUCGAGCAAAAGCGCAACAAUGCCAGGCUGCUGAUUGACUAUGCCCGUGAAUUGUUGAAGAGUCGUAAUCAUGCGCCAAGGGUGAUGAAAUUGUGCCAGAAGGUGAUAACUGCAGCGGACAAGGCCGACGAAAGACCCAAACCAAAGCCAGCCAAGUGGUAUGAUCUUGCCGCCAGUGCGCGAAGAACGCAAGCUUUGCCCAACGUAAACGAACUCAACAGGAUGGAGGAGAUCCUAUAUGGAGGCGCAGUAACAAAGCAGCCUACUUCGAAAGAAGAGAGCGACGAGAGACUGAGAUUCUCUGGCAAGAUCUUCGACUUCGCACUAGCAACCCUGAAGAACGACAGUCAUCUCAAGUUGGAAAAUGCCCGAGGAGAAUUGUUGACGAUCUGCAGCAAUAUCGUAAUGCGACGGGUCGAACUCCUACAAGGUAAGCGCACAAGAGGAGCGGAACGCUCACCAAAAAAGGAAGCAUAUCGAUAAUGUGAGACAUCGUCUUCAGCGAGCUCGCUCACACGCCUCUGCUAGA